AUGGAUUUUUUCCACUCCGAGGCUUUUUCCUCUAGUAUUAAGGAAUUGAUGGACGAGCACCACGUACCUGGUUUCUCCAUUGCAAUUGUUCACAAUGGCGAAGUCGCUUCUGCUGGUUAUGGAUACGCAGAUGUUGAACCAUCGAAGCCAUGUACAGCGGAUACGCUCUUUGAUGUCGCGUCGUCUUCCAAAUCGCUUACUGCAGCGGCUGUCGCGUUGCUCAUAGAUGACGAUGAAAAGUAUCCCGAGGUGCAGUAUGAAGCGAUCAUGUCACACUUAUUGCCGGAUGAUUUCGUGAUGCCUAGUGCCGAGUACACAGAGAGCGUUACCGUGGAGGACAUCUUGAGUCACAGGUCUGGCAUGGCCUGCCAUGACGAUUCUUAUAUGGGUCCGCACGCAGCCCAUCCAGAUGAUGCACGAUCCGUGACUAGGAAUUUGCGGAAUUUGCCUGUGGCCGCUCCUCUGCGAGCAAAACAUAUAUACUGUAACAUGAUGUAUACAGUAGCAGCAUAUCUAGUCGAGGCAAAGACUCAGCAAAGCUUCUCCAGUUUUCUGGAAGAACGCUUCUUCCGGCCGCUCGGUAUGAAAUCAACUAGCGUCCAGCCCAUAAGAACUCUAGCAAAGGGAUUCGCAGACCGCAUAGCCACUGGAUACUAUUGGAAUAAGGAGAAGUCGACGUACAAAGGGUUCCCGCCCCCGGACUGCCCAGAGGGAGAGGGUGCUGGUUCGAUAAUCACCAGCGCAAACGACUUUAUCAAAUGGAUCAAAGCACUCCUCCAUCACGAGAGCCCUAUCAACAAGAAGGUAUACCAAGGCCUCGUGCGGUUGCGUAGUCUAGCAAAUCCGGACGCCGAAGAUUUAGCACCAUUUGAAUCUCCUGCCAUCUACGCAGCUGGUUUGGAAGUAUACUAUUACCGAGGAUAUACGGUUGUGGGUCACGAUGGGAUGAUCUCAGGGUUCACGAGCCGUUUCUUCUUCCUCCCCGAGCUAGGAUUUGGAGCUGUCAUGAUGGGAAAUGCAACGGGGGCAGAAUAUGUCGCCGAUGCUGUGCGUCGGAAGUUAUUCAGCGCCAUACUGAAAGUACCAGAGGAAGACCUUGCUAAGAGUGUCUCUUGGGAUAAAGAAGGAGACAAUAAUAAUGAAAACGACGGCGCCAAGGAUGAGGAAAAGGAAGAUAAAGAGGUACAGCCCCAGGUAACGCCCUUGAGCGCUUACGUGGGAAAGUACUGGAACCCAGGAUACCACACUCUUACUGUUCAAAUCAAAGACGAGAAGCUCUUCAUCGACGCUACCGACCGCUCAUUUAGAUGUACCAUCACGUUCGACCACGUAUCGGACCAGACAAAGUACACCGCUCACCUAUAUGAUAUAUAUGAAGAAGGCGACGAACCGCUUAGAGCCGAAUUCGUGUUCGGGGGCAGCCGAGCCGUUAGAUUGGGCCUCGACUACCAAGAGAUUUUGAACGAGUUGAUAUGGUUCGAGUUUAUGCCUGAGGGAAAGGCAUGA